AUGUCCACAAUCACCACACAGGCACUGGUAUGCCACGGACUCAACAAGCCCUUAGUCCUCGAGGACGUGAUGCUGGACGAGAUGCGGCCUGACGAGGCGAUCGUGGAGAUCGAGGCCAGCGGCGUCUGCCAUACCGAUCUAUCUUGCAUGGACGGGACCAUCCCCGCCGGCUUCCCUAAUGUAUUCGGCCAUGAAGGCGCCGGAACCGUCCUCCAAACCGGCUCCUCCCUCAAACACAUCCAACCAGGAGACAAAGUCCUCCUCUCGUUCAACCACUGCGGAAACUGCACGUACUGCAAAUCCUCCCACCCCGCCUACUGCGCCACCUGGGCACCGCUCAACUUCUCCGGAAAGCGCCUCGACGGGACCGCCACGCUCUACGACCCGAACAGCGCCGCGCCCAUGCACGGGACGUUCUUCGGCCAGAGCUCGUUCAUGCGUCGCGCGCUCGUCUCCGGGUCUAGUAUCGUUAAGGUUCCGCGGGAUACGGAGCUCCCGUUGUUCGCGGCGCUGGGGUGUGGGUUCCAGACUGGGGCUGGGUGCGUGUUGAACACGCUUCGUGUGACGAGGGGGAGCUCGCUUGUUGUGUUUGGGGUUGGGGCUGUGGGUAUGGCGGGUGUGAUGGCUGGUGUGAUGGCCGGUGCGUCGACGAUUAUCGCGGUGGAUUUGAAUGAGGGGAGACUGGCGACGGCGAGGGAGUUGGGAGCGACGCAUGUAAUCGACGGGAAGAGCGAGGAUGUCGAGGGACAGAUUAAGAAGAUCUGUGAGCCCGGGAACGGGGCACAAUUUGCGAUGGACGGGACGGGAGUUCCGAGGGUGAUUGAGACGAUGGUGAAGUGUCUGGGUACGAAGGGGAGGGCUGCGACGGUGGGGGCGCCGAAGCCGGGGUCGACGGUCGCGAUUGAUGUCUUUCAGCAUUUGAUCAUGGGGAGGGAGUAUGUGGGAAGUACGGAGGGGGAUGUGGAUGCGAAGACGUUUAUCCCGUUCUUGAUCGAGGAGCAUGCAAAGGGUCGCUUUCCCAUCGAGAAGUUGAUCAGUUAUUAUGACAUCAAGGAUUAUCAGACAGCGUUUCAGGAUAUGAAAGCGACAAAGGUCAUUAAGCCGGUGCUGCUAUGGAAGUGA